AUGACAGAAGAGGUAUGUAAAAGAAUUUGCCAAAAUCUAUAUAAACUGGAAGAAAAUGAACCAUUGAAUGCACCGAUCUUGGCUGAAUCUUAUUAUACAUGUUUCCCGAACAAAAGUUAUAUAAUUAUUGGCGGCUUGGGUGGCUUUGGUUUAGAAUUAAUCGAUUGGUUGGUUCUUCGAAAUGCUAAAAAUAUUGUUAUUACUUCGCGAAACGGCAUAAAGAAUGGUUAUCAACAAAUGAGAAUCACGAGAUGGGAAUCAUACGGCGUGAAUAUUAAGAUUCUUGUCGGUCUCAAUGCGGCUACACAAGAAGAUUGUGAGCUUAUAGUAAAAUCAGCAAUAGAUGAAGGUCCCGUCGAUGGUAUCUUUAACCUUGCGGUUUCUUUGAAGGACCGUAUUUGUCGUAACCAAACGAUGAAAACUUUUGAAAAAUGUUUCAAGGGAAAGGCCUGGGCAACGAAACGUUUGGACGAAGUUACUAGAAGGCUUUGUCAAGAUCUUCGGCAUUUCGUAGUUUUCUCUUCCGUCUCGUGCGGAAGAGGAAAUUCUGGCCAAACGAAUUAUGGUAUGGCUAAUUCCAUUAUGGAAAGAAUAUGCGAAAAAAGAGUAGAAGAAGGUUUGCCUGGAUUAGCUAUUCAAUGGGGAGCGAUUGGAGACGUCGGUCUUGUCGCGGAUAUGCAGGAUAAUGAUAAAGAACUUGUUAUUGGCGGUACUUUACAGCAAAGAAUAACAUCAUGUUUAGAAGAAAUCAAUCGAUUUUUGAUGCAGGAUAAACCUAUAGUUGCUAGUAUGAUAAUCGCUGAAAAACGAUUAGAUGACGAUUGUGCGGACAAUGUCGUAAAUGCUAUCUUAAAAAUUAUGUAUAUUAAAGGCUUGAAGAGUAUCUAUCAACAAACUUUCUUGGCUGAACUUGGAAUGGAUUCUAUGAUAGAUAUAAGAAUAAAGCAAACAUUAGAGCGUAAAUGUGAAAUAUAUCUUACGGCGGAAGAAAUUAGAUGCUUAAACUUCGGCAAACUCAUGGAAAUGAGUAUCAAAGGCAUUUUCAAAAUAUUAGAACCGAAACUUAAGUCGCCUGCGACUUAUUUCCUACUUGGGACGAAUUAUGGAUUAAAAACUAUAGAAAAAAUGGUCCAUUUAUUUUUACCAGUAUACUCAUACGUAUCGCUUGUAACAAUUGAACUCACACGACGAUUAGCAGCUAAUUUUGAUAGACGGUACUUCUCAGAUAAUGAAGGAAUUUAUAAACCAAUAGAUACAAUCGUCAUUGGAGGAAUAGUUGCAAAACAAUAUUCUUGUGAUCAUGACGGAGAUAUUUAUAUCUGUUAA